AUGAGUAUCGGCAAGAUCAUCGGAAAAAUCAUCAUUAUCCCUAUCAUCAUCAUUAUUGCCAUCUGCGUCGGCAUCUACCUCCUCAUCAAGCACCGUCGUGAGCGCAAGCGCGAACGCCGCGAAGAUAAACUCCGCGCCCAGUACUACCGGCAACAGUACCAGCAGCAGUACAUGUAUCCACAUAUGCAAAUGCAAUCACAACAACAGCAGCAGCAGCAGCAGCCGGGCACGCCGGCCCCGCCAUACUAUAAUCAGGCUUAUUCUGCGGGACAGCAGCCUGUGGCGAUGAAUGAAGGGGAAUAUGGAUAUUCUGAGACGAUGAUGAAGAAGCCGGAGCCGGUGGUGUAUCCGGUGCAACAGCAGCAUCCGGGAUCGGAGGUGGUUUAG